CGUGCGCAAGAGGAUCAGGCCGUCUCGAUGUCAUCUACUGUAGGAGAGAAAGCUGCAUUCGUCAGUCCAUUCCAACUCGCAGCAAAGCUACCAACAUCCAGUAAGAGAGCCUCUGUGAUCACUGACGCCGUUGCCUACUUCAUUGCUAAAGACAUGCAGCCGGUUAGUGCCGUAGAGUGCCUCGGAUUUCGAAGUAUGUUCAAGGUUCUUGAACCUCGCUAUGAAAUUCCGAGCCGAAAAACAUUCACCCAAAGAGUGCUUCCCGCUCUCUAUGUGAAAGUCAAGGAAUCAGUUGCAACCGUGGUAUCUUUGGCAGAAUGGUACGCCAUAACAACAGAUUGUUGGACCAGUUGUGCCAACAACUCUUUUAUCGGUGUCACCUUUCACACCAUUAGUAAUGACUGGCAGCUUCAGCACCUCGUCCUGGAGAAUGUGGAGCUACCUGACAAGCACACAGCUGAGAACCUGGCUGCUAGUCUGGAGGAUAUUCUGAAGCAAUGGGAACUUGAUUCUACAAAACUUUCUGGUGCCACAGUAGACAACGCAGCCAACAUACAAAAAGCAGUAGCAGAUAUUUUGAAAUGGAAGUGCUUAGGUUGUUUUGGUCACACUAUCAAUCUAUGUGUGAAAGCAGGGCUGAAACAGCAACAGAUACAGGUGGCCCUUGCCAGAUGUUCCAGGCUGGUCAAAUUCUUUCGGAAAUCCACAGUUGCUGCGAACCUCCUAACCAAGAAACAAGCAGCGUUGGAGUCUCCAGUGCAUAAGCUGGUGAAGGAUGUGGAGACACGAUGGAAUUCCACCUAUGAUAUGGUUCAAAGGAUCAUAGAACAACAAGGUCCUGUGUGUGCAACACUGGUAGAGCUAAAACGAUUAGACCUGUUGCCCAAGGAAGAAGACUUCACCCUGCUGGAGCAGUUGGUAAAUGUCCUGAAGCCAUUUAGAGAUGUGACCAUUCAAGUUCAAGGAGAACAGUAUGUCACUAUAUCAAUAAUUAGACCACUCCUUCAUCACCUCACUGAGAAUGUGCUGCAACUACAGGAAACUGACUCCUCCGUAAUCAAGAACAUGAAGAGGGAUAUGGUCAGCAACCUUGGUUCUCGAUACCAAUCACUUUCAAUUUCAAACCUGCUUGACUGUGCAUGCUUUCUUGACCCAAGAUUCAAGAGCCUGCCUUUCAUGAGUGAGGACAAUCGGAAAAAGCUUCACACAUUUGUUUUGGAGGAGGCAAUCGACCACUAUGAGUCUCUAAAUUCAGACACAGAACCAGCAGCUUCUGAAGAAAAGAAUGAAGACCAGCUUCCACUGCCAAAAAAGCACAAGAGUGAAUUAGGCCAGCUUCUUGGUGACAUGUUUACCAAUCUGAGUCAAGCGAAACAAGUGACCUCCAGGGACAAAGCAGAAAACGUCUUGCAGAAGUAUCUUGAUGAGCCAUGCUUGAACAUUGAUGAGAAUGCUUUGAAGUGGUGGGAGCAAAACAGUUCUCGGUUUCCUGCCAUUUCCAAAAUUGCCCAAAGACUACUCUGUAUACCAGCCACAAGUACUCCUGCAGAAAGGCUCUUUUCAACAGCUGGGAACAUUAUCAGCUCAAAACGAGCGAACCUGGAUCCCCAUAAUGCAUCGAUGUUGUGUUUCCUUGCAGAAAACUUGCAGUAGUUAUGUAACUAUUGCCUGAUAGAGUCUUCACUGUGUUACUAUGAUCUCGAAUGGAGCUGUGCUGUUGUGUAAAAUUGUGAAGGUGUGUGUAAAUGAGCAUUAAUGAAAUACGAGGUCAGACUUACCGAUUAAUCGAUAAAUCGUGAUACUGACUUCAAGUAAUCGGCAAUAAUCGGCAAUACCAAUUAUUUUCAUUAUCGCACAACGC